CUACCCCCCCCAGCUAAGGUAUGUCUCUUUAACACGUGAAGGGCAGGCUGACAAGCAUUAAAGCGCUAUCUUCGAGUAAAUUAGCUAAAAUUUUGACAUACGUUAAUCUAAUGGCUAGUGACGGCGUGAGGACUGACCCUCAACUUCAGCAGUUCAUUGAAAUAGAGUCUCAAAAGCAAAGGUUUCAGCAGCUGGUUCAUCAAAUGACAGAAGUCUGUUGGGAGAAAUGCAUGGAUAAGCCUGGUCCGAAGCUUGACUCAAGGACAGAAGUGUGUUUUAUAAAUUGUGUUGAACGUUUCAUUGAUGCAAGCCAGUUCAUCCUCAACAGACUUGAACAAACUCAGAAGACAAGAGACUCCUUCUCAGAGACCAUAACAGACUAGCUGAACCCUGAGACCAGAACAGACAUUUUCUGUUCCUACAGCCCUUGUGAAAUAACAGUCAUUAAACAGUCAAAAUGCCUGA